GGCACUGGGAAAGCGGCAUGCCUUAGCGUCACCCACUAGUCUUAUAGGCUUAUAGGCGGAAUUUGUUAAGAUAUAUCUGGCAACCCCAGCAGAGAGCUCAGUAGUAGGCAAGUGUGCAUCUUGACUCAGCUGUCCGCCUGGAACUUACCGCUCUGUGUGAGUGUGGGUGAGUAGGCGCUGUAUCGAAUGCUUCUCUACCUGAAUAUACUGUGACGUCAACGAAGUCCGGUAACGACAGGUGGGAGCGUACAGGUGUGACGUGGCACGUCUUUUGUAAUUUGGGGACCAGUUUGGGUGCAUUCCAAGACAUCUGAAGGUCCUGUCUGAAAAGCAGGGAAGAUGGAAGGGAAAACUGGGACCAUGCGUGUGAUGGUGACCGGAGGGAGUGGUCUGGUGGGCAAAGCGAUACAACAUGUGCUAAAGGAAGAAGGAGGAGCAAGAGAAGGAGAGGAAUGGAUCUUCCUGUCCUCAAAAGAUGCCAAUCUAAUGAAUGCACAUGAGACGAGAGCUCUCUUUGAGAAACACCAUCCAACACAUGUCAUUCAUCUGGCAGCUAUGGUGGGCGGCCUCUUCAAAAACAUGAGACAGAACUUAGAUUUUUGGAGAAACAACAUGUACAUCAAUGACAACGUGCUGCAGGCAGCUCAUGACUUUGAUGUGGUAAAAGUCGUCUCCUGUCUGUCCACCUGCAUCUUCCCAGACAAAAUCACUUACCCCAUUGAUGAGACUAUGAUUCACAAUGGUCCUCCUCAUGACUCUAACUUUGGUUAUUCCUAUGCCAAAAGAAUGAUUGAUGUCCACAACAGGGCCUAUUUUGCACAGUACGGUCGGAGGUACACAGCUGUUAUACCUACAAAUGUGUUUGGUCCCCAUGACAAUUUCAACAUAGAGGAUGGUCAUGUUCUACCAGGACUUAUACACAAGACCUACAUUGCACAGAAGGAGGGGACAGCUCUACAGGUAUGGGGUUCUGGUCGUCCACUGAGACAGUUCAUCUACUCACUGGAUUUGGCUCGUCUGUUUCUGUGGGUCCUGAGAGAAUAUAAAGAGGUGGAUCCCAUCAUAUUGUCAGUUGGAGAGGAGGAUGAGGUGUCCAUUAAAGAAGCUGCAGAUGCUGUUGUUAAAGCUUUGAAUUUUAGAGGAGAAGUGGUUUAUGACACUAGUAAGUCUGAUGGACAGUUUAAGAAAACAGCCAGCAAUGCUAAACUCCGCAAAUACCGUCCUGACUUCACCUUUACCCCAUUCCACAAAGCUAUCAAGGAGACGUGUGACUGGUUUGUGGCGAAUUACGAUGUUGCUCGCAAAUGAGGAUCAUGACACCAUUCUUACUGCAAGACGAUAUAGGAGUUACAGCACAAAUGUUAGACUUCCUGCACUGCUCAAGAGCCAGCAAUGCUUCAGUGAAGUACAGAAUCAACAGCUCGACAUUCUUAAUAGUGAAAAAGCCUUAAAUGUACAAAGUAGAUAUGUUACUGUUCCAAAUUCUUUAUAAAUUUGUUGGAAUCAUUACAUUGACCAGUAUAUCACUAUAUGUCACAAGUAGUUCUACUUGGUGUUUGACACAACAAAAUAUUUCAAAACCCUGAUGAUCAACUGAUUUUUUUUGUUGAAUGUAGAACAGUAGGCUUUUUUUGUUUUAUUUUUAAUAUUAUUAUUAUUAUUAUUAUAUAUAUAAUAAUAUGAAUAAUAUAUAUACAAUUUUAUAUUAUUAUUUUGAAGGUGAAAAUGGUUGUAAGGGGUAUCUAAUGUAGGGAAAAUGUCUGUUCUUUUUAUGAAUGAUUGCACUGGAGCCUUAUCUUCACUGGAGAAACUGUAGAUCUUUUAUGAUGUGUAUGUUACAUUUAGUCUUAUUUCAUAAUUUUUCCUUAAAUCUGCUCUUAAUAUGUUUCUCCUUUUGUGGUUUAUAUAUUGUUCUUUUGCAGGUUUCAAAGUACUGUAAGUUAAGCUGGGUGAACCAAUAAACUGAUGACCCAAUCACCCAGUCA